GCUCAGUGUGCCAAAAUGAGUUUUGUUGACCGCUCGUUGAAAAUCCUUUAUACUUUAUAUAUAUAUAUAUAUGCACUCCAAACCCCAUUCAUCGCUCCAUUUUCUUCAAGCUCUAGCCGCGCCCAAGCCUACUGAGUUGCAGGUACAUUUCUCUCCCUUUGGAGCUUUUCUCUGAUCUAGGGUUUUCGUUCCAUCUCCCCUUUGAGGCUUCUCUCUCUGAUCUAGGGUUUUCUCUCCAUCUCCCCUUAGGGGUUUCUCUCUCUGUUCUAGGUCUCUCUCUCCUUCUCUCCGUCUCCCAUACCUUCGUAUUUCAAAAUAUACCCACAAACCAUCUGAUCCACACCUAAUCUCCUAGGCAUUCUAACCAAAUAUCGCCAGCAGUGACGUCAAAUUUCCUGAGAGGCAUCCGAGCAUGCCUUCCUUCGAAGCCUAAUCCCAACAGAAUGAACUCCAUCAGGCGCUUGUCCACUAUCUUCAAACCCACAAACCUCCUACUCCAAUCCCCAAAUCCUCUCUGUACAACCCCAUUUUCCAGCCCCUGCAAAAGCCUGCAUGUUUCCCCUCAAUCUGCAUUCUCAAGCUCCAUCAGGAAUAGCCCUUUCUCUGAUAAAAAUGGCAUUUUAUCCACACCCCAUUUGAGCUUCAGUGCCCAUCAAUGGAGGGGCAUUCGUGUCCAGGUGUUCAAUGGAAAUCUAGAGCGGGCCCUUAUUGUGAUGCAGAGAAAGAUGGUAGCUAGUGGAAUGGAGAGGCUUAUUCGUAGAGUUCAGACCCACCAUUUGAAGAACUCAGAGAAACGAGUUUUAGCUAAAAAGAAUUUGGAAAGGAGGAUACGAUCUGAGGAUUUGGCAAGAAAAUUACAGUCUAUUCUCAUCAAGAAAGUCAGGGGUCUUUGAGGACAACUUUAAGGGUAUUCUUCAUGUCGUUCACUGGGAUAUUUGUGCCCUUGGGGCAAUCUGAAUCGUCUCACACAGAUAUUUGCAGCUUUCAUCCUGAAGUGACUCGCUAAUCUGUAUUUCCUUAUGGAAUCAUAUGGAAACAUGGUUAUCCAAAAUGUAGGCAUAAAAAGUGAUUAGUGGUAAAUAUCUCUCUCUCUCUCGGUUUAGUCUCUGGGCACAGUCAUCAACUCUUUAGGCCCACAGUUCUGCAUUCUUGACUUUAAAGUUUUGAUUCGAACUUGAGAGAAAAAAAGAAUCCAUCUCACCCCCCUGAUGAUUGUGUUCUCUCCCUCACUGUGUUCAACGAGUUGGAGGACCCUCAUUAUCACUCCGGCGAAUGGUUAUGUUUUAAAAUUUUAGCCUUCCCUCUUAAAAGGAAGGGAACUAUUUGUUUUUUCGUCUUUGGUUUUUUGGAAUUAAACGUAGGAGUUGUCAUUA